GCAGCUCUGGUUUAGGAUAUCUAGGGUGUUUUAUACCUCAGGGUUGCACAAUCUGGCAUGGAAUAUUCCUGCGAUUGCCGGCUCAUAAUAUUCAUACCUGCUGAAUUAUUCAAUUGUAUCAUGCUAACCUAACGUACAUUCAUUGCCUGAUAUGACAAAUGCCGGUAAUUGCACUUAAAUAUAAAUGAUUAAAAACCUGGGUUUUCAUCUUACUGUCAGUUUGUACGAGCAUGGACGUUUUGUAUGCAAACGAGUGAAACAAGUAACUGGUAAAAUAGAAAUACUUCCAGGUACGACGAUUGUGUAUUCGAUUUCUAACGGUCGGUACAGUUUUGCGUGUAGUAAUCCCACCAAAAGCGACAUGGACACGUUCAAGUUUACGGACUAUGAUUGCAUCGGUUUCGACCUGGAUAACACGCUGCUGCGUUACAACGUGACGAAUUUGGUGCGCAUGGAGUACGAAAUGCUAGCCAGAUUCCUGGUGGAUAAACGGGAAUACAACGAGAGUCUAUUAAAGCCGCUGACAGAUGAUGACUUGGAUUUCAUGCAGAAAGGAUUGUUGCUUGACUUGGAAAGGGGAAACCUGCUCAGGAUAAGCCCAGAUGGUGUUAUUCGCAGAGCGUGUCAUGGCACGCGUUUGUUAAAUAUGGAUCAAGUAAGGGAGAUAUAUCCUGAACAGAAAUCAGAGCUCACGGACACCUUCUGUCGCGAUAUAAUGGCAACCUGGAAUGGUCCUCUGUCCGAGAAAGUUAGGAGCUUGCUGGAUUAUUUCGAUAUAGUGACGAGUCUCGCGUUUGCACGGGCUGUAGACGCACUGGACAAAGAACAUGGAUCAUCCUUGGACAAAUACAAUAUCUGGCCUGACAUAUUAGCUGGGUUAAUGUAUAUGUUCUUUAGAGAGCACUUUCAAUCAAGCAAGGGAAUUUUUGGACACAUUAAGAGAAAUCCGGAGAAAUAUCUACAUAAAUGCAACUUGAACACAAUCUCGUGGUUGAAAGAAAUAAAGAAAAAAUCUGCGACUUUUCUUCUUACUGGAUCGAACGCGGAUUAUGUGAAUUUUAUUGCGAGUUACGCUCUCGGAGAGGACUGGCGAUCACUUUUCGAUAUUGUAAUAUGUUUCGCGAGGAAGCCAGGGUUUUUUAUUAAUAAUCGGCCGUUUUUUGAUGUUGUAAAUAAUAUCGAAACCGAUAUCAGAAGUCAAGACUUAAAACGAGGUGAAAUAUAUAGUCAAGGAAACUGGAAUGAACUAUUGGAAUUUUUCACUCGUAUAACAGGGAAAACUAAUCAGCAGUGUUUAUACAUAGAUACGGAUUAUCCCAGCUAUCAAGCAACAGUUAAAGCAACUAAACCGAUCUACAUGGGACGUCACAGAUAAAAAACGAACUUUUAAAAAAAAAUAUGCUGAGCAGCGCCAGCAAGAAGAUCUUGCAGCUGUAGAAAACAUUUUAGAGGAUAAAAAUAC